GCUGCUGUGGGCUUUGGGCAGCCUCUAGCCAGUUAGGUGGAGAGAGAGCGUGUGUGUACGUGUGUGUGUCUGACCACAGGUAGUAUUCAGAUCACCCUGCCCUGUUCUGUUCUCUGCCAUCUGACCAGGACGGUGCUGCCCAGCCAGUCAAAGCCCUGGAAUUUCCCAGGAGCUGGGGGAGCAUGGAAUUUGGACUUUUCCUGAACAACUGAAGCGGAGCUUGCCCAGCCCAGGAGAGCACCAUGGAUGGUGAACCACGGGGCAGCAACGGCAGCAAGCCCCCGAGGCUGGGAGACUCUCCGGACGUCAGGCUCCUUUCCAACCCAUUGAUGGGGGAUACUGUGUCUGAUCGGUCUCCUGUGCAUGAAGCAGCCAUUCAGGGACGUCUGCUGUCUUUGAGGAACCUCAUCAGCCAGGGGUGGCUUGUGAACCUCGUCACGGCAGAUCGUGUGUCCCCGCUCCAUGAAGCCUGUCUCGGAGGUCAUCCCUCCUGUGCAAACAUUUUAUUAAAGCAUGGAGCUCAGGCGAAUGGUGUCACUACAGACUGGCAUACUCCCUUGUUUAAUGCUUGUGUCAGCGGCAGCCUGGACUGUGUGAAUUUGCUUCUGCAGCAUGGAGCCAGUCCCCACCCUGAGAGUGAUCUGGCGUCCCCCAUGCAUGAAGCUGCUAAGAGAGGCCACGUGGAGUGCAUUGAGUCUCUUGUGGCUCAUGGGGGCGACGUUGACCGUAACAUCAGCCACCUGGGCACACCGUUAUAUUUGGCUUGUGAAAAUCUGCAGGUGGCCUGUGCCAAGAAGCUUCUGGAAUCAGGAGCGAGCGUGAACCAAGGCCGGGGGCUGGAUUCCCCUCUGCACGCGGUGGCCAGGGCGUCCAGUGGGGAGCUGGCCUGCCUGCUCAUGGACUUUGGAGCAGACACCCAGGCCAGGGAUGCUGAAGGCCACCGUCCCUUGGAGCUGGUGCCUCCAGAGAGCCCCCUGAGCCAGCUCUUCUUGCAGAGAGAAGGGCCCCCUUCUUUGAUGCAGUUAUGUCGCCUUAGAAUUUGGAAGUGCUUUGGGAUCAAGCAGCAUCAUAAGAUCACCGGACUCAGCCUCCCUGAGGAGCUGAAAUGGUUUCUCCUCCGCAUUUAAAUGUGUCAAGGGAAUGGCAUCACAAACGACAGACAAACGUUAUCGAGUGUUGAGGCUACUGGGAUUUUAAAAUAAAGUCAGGUUUAUUAGAGUUUGGCUAGUUUUUUUUUUUUUGAAGGAGAUUUUUAUUUGUAAAGGAACAUACUGAGUACUUUUGUGUUAUUGGUUGGAGGGCAUGAAAAAUUCCACCACACCCCUCCGCCCCCUGCCGCCUGCAAGAGGGUGGCUAAGAUAACAACUAUGGUGUUGAUCGUGCCAAGCCCUGAGCUGGGAACGCUUUACGCUUCACCCAAUUUAGCUCUCACAGCAACCCCACCAGGUGGGUACUAUGCUCUCCCCUUCUCCAGGUGAGACCCUGAGACUCAGGGAAGUCAGUUUGUCCCAUAACCCCCAGUGAGGACAGGCAACCAGACGAACACCAACAGCAUACCACUUGCUAGUUCAGUUAAUUUCAUUAGUUCAUUUGUUCAGGACACAUCAUGCAUCUUCUAGAACCGUGCUGUUCAGU